UUGUGGGGCAUAUAGAUCUGGUGUGGACUGUCUUUUCCUGAGACUGUAAACACUUGUGCAGAAUGUCCGAGAGCAAGAAAAAGGGGAAAGGAAAGAGCAAAAAGAACAAAGAAGGGAAAAAAGGGGAAAGAGAACCUGAUCCAGGAAAAGCUGUCCCUCCCAAACUGAAGAAACUGAAAAGCCCAAACGUGCAUGUUGGUGAAAAGAUCUCACUGAAAUGUGAGGCGACUGCUGGCAACCCUCAGCCAUCCUACAAGUGGUUUAAAGAUGGCAAAGAGCUGAAGAAGAGCAAAGACAUCCGGAUCAAGUAUGGGAAUGGGAAAAAGAUUUCCAGACUGCAGUUCAACAAGGUGAAGCUGGAAGAUGCUGGGGAGUACAGCUGCGAAGCGGAGAACGUUUUAGGGAAAGACACCGCAAAAGGCAGCCUGAAUGUGAGAAGUGGAACAACGAAAGCACCACAAGUUUUACCAGCCUCAGAAACUAAAAUAGUUGUUAUGGAAGAAGAGUUAACCACAACUCUCUCCUCCUGGUCUGGGCAUGCUAGAAAAUGCAACGAAACAGCCAAAUCCUAUUGUGUCAAUGGAGGAGUAUGCUACUACAUCGAAGGGAUUAAUCAGCUGUCUUGCAAAUGUCCAAAUGGAUUCUUCGGACAGAGAUGUUUGGAGAAACUGCCUUUGCGAUUGUACAUGCCAGACCCUAAGCAAAAGGCAGAGGAGCUCUACCAGAAAAGAGUUCUAACCAUCACAGGAAUCUGUGUUGCCUUGCUUGUGGUGGGCAUCGUCUGUGUGGUAGCUUACUGUAAAACCAAGAAGCAAAGAAAACAGAUGCAUAAUCAUUUACGACAGAACAUGUGUCAUGCCCAUCAGAACAGGAGCCUUGCAAAUGGGCCAAGCCAUCCGCGUUUGGAUCCAGAGGAAAUCCAAAUGGCUGAUUAUAUUUCUAAGAAUGUUUCUGCCACUGAACAUGUCAUCCGGAGGGAAACAGAGACAACUUUUUCAGGAAGUCACUCCUGCUCACCGUCACAUCACUGCUCCACAGCCACUCCAACAUCCAGCCAGAGACAUGAAAGCCACACCUGGAGCCUGGAGCGGACGGAGAGCCUGACUUCCGAUUCCCAGUCCGGGAUCAUGCUGUCCUCGGUGGGAACCAGUAAAUGCAACAGCCCUGCCUGCGUGGAGGCGCGGGCCCGCCGUGGGGCUGCCUUCUGCAUUGAGGACUCGCGGCGGCCCACAGCGCAGUACCGCGACUCGGUGGACUCACUGCGGGACUCACCGCACAGCGAGAGGUACGUGUCGGCCCUGACCACACCAGCACGCCUGUCGCCCGUCGACUUCCACUACUCGAUGGCGGCGCAGGUGCCCACCUUCGAGAUCACCUCCCCCAACUCCGCGCACGCCGUCUCCCUGCCGCCAGCAGCCCCCAUCAGCUUCCGCGUGGAGGAGCAGCAGCCCCUGCUGCGGCGGUACCAACUGCCCUUCCAGGACACGCAGCGCUACGACAGCUACUACCAAAGGAAGACCUACCUGAACGACAGCAUGGGGAGCCUGCCCUCCAGCCCCUUCCGCAUCACGGAGGACGACGAAUACGAGACGACGCAGGAGUACGUCACAGCGCUAGAGCAGCCAAAGAAAACAGCCAGCAGCAACAGGCGGUGGAAAAAGUCCAAACUGAACGGGCACGUCCCCCACAGAGCCAGAGCUGUCCGGGACUCCUUCUCCUUCAGCAGCGCCUCUUACAGCGAGUCUGAUGAGGAGCUGGUGGCCGAGAGCACGCCCUUCCUAAGCACUCAGAACAAUGAGGCGACAAACACAGAGUCGCCGCCGCUCCACCGGCCGGGCGACAGCCGGACUCAGCACCCGUACAGCCGGCACAGCGCCCACGGGGGCAGCGGGCGCAGCAGCCUGGCGCACACGACGCCCAAACGAGAGCCCGACCCCCUCUAGGCGCCCGGCAGACGCACCGCACAGGGGAGGCGGCGGAGGGAGGCGGAACAAACACGAGACAAAAAUAAAUAUUUUUAUUUUAUAUAAAAGAGAAAAAAAAAUAUAACAAAUAAAAUGUUUUAUUUUCAUUUUAGCAAAGUUGUCUUAUAAUAGCUAACGGCGAUGACUUUUUUAUAGGGAAUCUCUAUUUAUAUGUAAUGUCUUGAUUUACAGCUUCCGAGAAAAAAAAAAAAAAAAAAGUAAAAAAAAAAGAAGAAACGAAA